CCGGGCAGCGCCAGCCACGGGAGCGGCAGCUGGAACAGCUGGAACACAGCUGGAACACAGCUGGAGCACCGCGGGCGUCCGGCGGGAGCCGAGGCAGGAUCGGGUGCCGGACCGAGCUGAGCACUUGCAGCCUUUGGCACCCCAGCCCGGGAUUUGGCAGCAGCUGGAGGAAGCAGAAGUGGAGCAAGGAAACUUUUGGGUGUGAGCUGGCUGGUGAGUCACUAGACAAACCCACCCGGGGUCUCAGAGCGCUGGUGCAGGUGCCGGAGGAGAGAGAGCUGCUGCUCGGGAGGGUGCAGCAGCCCCGCCACGGCACGGACAGUUUUUAAGUUGUUCACCAUGAGAGUGGCUGUGCUGCUGCUCCUGGGGCUGGGGCUGCUGGUGGCAGAAGGCAGAAGAGACAGGUGUUUCUUCAAUCGCACUCAGGAAUACUGUGUGUGCUACAACCUGUCCGAGGAAACCAUGAGCAGCAUCAUCCAGUGCCUCUCAGCAACUGUGGUGGAGUUCCAGGGCGGAGACCUGGAGAAAUACAUAGCCUUCCCCAUCAGGGACCUGGCCCCCUCUGCCAUUGAAACUCUGGGCUCCCUUGUCAUCCAGAAAAUAAUUAUCGGGAAUGUCCUGGUGCCUGAGAUACUCCUCGCCCGUGUGCUGAGGUUCUUCUCCUACACCCAUGUGCAGGAGCUGGCCUUUGAGAGCUGCAUUUUCCAGGGGACAGGCAACUGGAGUGCCAUGGAUGGCCAGACCUUGCCCAUAAUGUCCCUGAGCUUCCACAACGUGACCUCCUCCCCGCUGACGGGCCAUGAACAGGCCUUCUCCAGCCUGGGCAGGUGGCUGGGGACCCUGCAGGAGCUGGCUGUCACUGGCUCCCGUGUCACCAGCCUGCCCUGUGCCAUCGGGAGGGUGUUCGGAGCUCUGCGCUCCCUGAGCCUGGCACAGAACAGCCUCGGGGACAGGAGCCUGGCCCCCGCCUUGUGCCAGGGAGCUUUCCCUCGGCUCCAGAAGCUGAGUCUGCACCACAACAGACUGAGCUCCUACCACAGCGUGUGUGAGGGCGUGGGGCUGCUGCUGGAGCUCCGGUACCUCGAUCUCAGCCACAACCAGCUCAUGGCAAAUUCAUCCUCCUCCUCCUGCCAGUGGCCAGCAUCCCUCCGGCACUUUAACCUGUCCAACACUGGCUUGGAUGAAGUGCUGAUGCCGCUGCCUCCCAACCUCGAGGUGCUUGACAUGAGCCACAACCACCUCCGAGCUCUAGAUCUCCUCCUCAGCUCCCUGAAGAAGCUCUUCCUGAGUCAAAACCUACUGCAGGCCGUCCCCUCCAUCAGGAAUUACCCCAGGCUGGACACCCUCCACCUGGACAACAACUCCAUUUCGGAGCUGCCGCGGGAUGAGGUGACGCUCCUGGGGCGCCUGCAGGACGUGGCUGUGGCUGACAACCCCUUCAGCUGCUCGUGCUCUGGGGCAGGGGGGCUGCAGGCUCUGGCAGCCUCGGGGCACCUGGGGCAGGGCUGGCCUGAGGAGUACAGGUGCCAGUCCCCGGCCCAGUACCAGGGCUGGCCGGUGGCACAGGUGCCGGUGUCGGUGCUGCGCUGUCACCUCGCCGCCAUGGUGGCCCCGCUCUGCGUCAUCCUCGCCCUGCUGGGUGUGGCUGGGGCCGUGUGUCUGCUCAGGACCAGGCCCUGCAGCAGAGCCUGAGGGGCUCCAGGACCCUUCCCUCCGCUGCUUCCCCCAGGAAGGCUCACAGGUCUUGGGGCUCUUGGUGUCCCCAGUCUGGGCUCCCCGAUGGAGCAGGGCUAUCCACAGGGUACUCCACUGUGGCUGCGCCCAGACAAGUUUUGGGGCACCCCUCACUUGGAGCCCAUGCUCUAACCCAGAGCCACACCCUCCUGUAGGGGAUUUCCCUGUGGCCAACUCCAGCUCCCCAACACGCCUGCACUGUCCUUGCCAUGUCACCUGCCCUGGACAAGAGUUCAACUCCAUCACAUUCCCACUGGUAGCAUUCAGAUGCCCCAAGCCUUGCUGGGGUCUGCUGGUCCCUGCCCAGAGCCCCCCCACGCUUUUUAACCCCCCCAGUCCAGCCACCCUUUGAGCCUCCAUGGCCCCUGUGCUGAUCCUCGCUCUCCUCACCUGGGGCUAUGGCUGGGACAGGAUGUCAGGUUUGGCAGGAUGCUGCUUGGCUGCUCUUCAGCCUAAUAGAAAAACUGAAAACCCACAAAAGACAGGAAAAUGAGUGAAUUAAACACCCCUGCACACAAAUGCUAAUGAACUGGAGCAGCUCCUUAUACCUCGACCUGAGGCACUGGUGGAUGAGUCCUAGUGGGACCUUGAGGAGGUUCAACCAGAAACUUUUUAGGUGAUAAGAGGAAAAUGGGUUAAUUCUGGGUUCUGAGUUAUUCAGAUAAUAUCUCAUAGUAAGGAGAAAAUGGAUUAUGGGAUGCUGAGGGAGAGCCUGGGAAUGCAGUGCUGGGAAUAUUCAGAGGAAGGGGGUAGAUGGGGAAGGGACAGGCAAAAAAUGGGGGUGGGGGAUAAUCACAGAAUCACAGGAUGGUUUCAUUUGAAAGGUACCUUAAAGAUCAUCUCAUUCCACACCCUGCCAUA